AUGCGUAUCGAUCAAUCGAUUCAAUAUGAGAAUCGUGAUCAAUUGUCAAGACCUUCACCAUCAUGCAUCCACUAUGGUUGCUCCCUUUUUAUGAUAUGCUCGGAUGUUGGCCUAUUUGGAGAAGCGUAUAUCCGGGAACAAAAACAACGAUUUUGCAGUUUUUUGAUCAUCAGUUCCAAUAAUCUUGUCGUAUUUUCAUCCGAUUAUUCGGUAAUUGAUUUUCGAACACAUCCAACCAAGACCCAAUCUGGGCCACGGUUAGCCAACUCUUUCCGAAAGGCUGAUGUCGUUUCGUUGUUGACGGCCUUUAACAUGCUUGCCAUUCACACGUGCCGACGUUUUAGUUCCAAAAUUAGCGUCUGUAAUCAAUUUACUGAAAGCCCCAAAGUUUUCAGUAGACUACGCACCGGAAAUUCUGUCGUUAUCGUCAUUAUCGACUUUGUUUUUGCCCUUGUUGUUGCAGAUGUUACUCGGAGUGUUGUUGUUAUUGCCAACACCACUGAUGACAAGUUGCUGCUGCUGAUGCCACUGAUAUAUUGGUUGCUGACAAUUUGGGGUACUUUAAAUGCGCUAGAUUUAGGGAGACGACAUCUUAGUUUUACUGGACCACAAAUCGUAACAUAUUUCCAGGCGUGGAAUAACUAUAUCUGGUCCCUAAGGAUCCAUUAUUAUUAG